GAAAGCGGAAGAGGCGGAGCCAAUGGGUGGAGAGCUAGCUCGCAAUUGGGCGGCGUGCUGAGUUGCUGUUGCUAGGUAGGCUAAGAUGGCUGCCUUGGACAGGGUCAAGGUGCUGGUGCUGGGGGAUUCCGGUGUUGGGAAAUCUUCACUUGUUCAUCUGUUGUGCCAAAAUCAGGUGUUGGGAAAUCCAUCUUGGACUGUGGGCUGCUCAGUGGAUGUGCGAAUUCAUGACUACAAAGAGGGGACCCCAGAAGAGAAGACCUACUACACUGAGUUGUGGGAUGUUGGAGGUUCAGUGGGCAGCGCUAGUAGUAUGAAAAGCACACGAGCAGUAUUUUACAACUCUGUGAAUGGCAUCAUUUUGGUGCAUGACUUAACCAACAAAAAGUCCUCUCAAAACUUGUAUCGCUGGUCACUGGAAGCCCUCAACAGGGAUGUGGUUCCAACAGGAGUUCUCGUAACAAAUGGGGACUAUGACCGUGAACAGUUUGCUGAUAACCAGAUUCCCCUACUGGUAAUAGGAACCAAACUGGAUCAGAUCCCAGAGGCUAAGCGCAAUGAAGUUUUGACCAGAACAGCUUUCCUGGCUGAGGAUUUCAAUGCAGAAGAGAUUAAUUUGGACUGCACCAACCCCCGCUAUCUGGCUGCAGGUUCAUCCAAUGCUGUCAAGCUCAGCAGGUUUUUUGAUAAGGUCAUAGAGAAGAGGUACUUUUUACGAGAUGGUAAUCAGAUUCCUGGCUUUUCAGAUAGAAAAAGAUUUGGAGGAGGUGCGUUGAAGAACCUUCAUUAUGACUGAACACUGCUCACCAUCCAGAGAUUGAGCAGGAGAGUCAUUCUCUCCAUUUGCAACAACAUUCCUAUCCUGUUGGAUGCUUCAAGGCAGUGAUGCUCAUGCCAGGCAGAAUAAAGAGUAAGCAGUGCUUUGGCCAGCUCAACUACUGAUGCUGAUGAAGGCAUGGGGGAAAAUUUCCCAAACCUGACUUUGGGUCUAGACUCUCCUAGGCUCACAGGCCUUCUGGAAAUAUGGGAUCUUUUAGGAUUUGUGCAAUAUAUUUAGUGUCUUCCACACAGCUGUGGAAAGCAUUAUCAUGCACAGCAUGUAUGUGUAAUUUUUUUCCUCCGUUUUGGAAGAUUUAUGAACUCUCUACAAUGAAUUACAUUCAUUUUACCUCUAGCUGAAAGAUGAGACUGAGUGGGCUUUUCAUUUGCACUUAAGUAAAGGAAAAACAAGGAAAGCAGAAUGAAUCUAAAUGUGUAAGGAAUGGAAUAGAAAGGAAAUAUUAGAAUGCUAUUAUAUAAAUGAAUGGGUGCAGCUUCUUCUGGAACAUUGUGUUCAUUUCUGCUCAAAAAGGGUGUAACAAAAAUAGACAGGUGAUGAAGAUGAUUUAACGCCUGAAAAAAAUCUCUCUAGGAAGAGACUGGUGUUUAUAUUGAUGUUUAGAUUGGAAUUGUUUACCUUGGAGAGGAGAGAGACAGCGAAUGUUGUGCUCCUAUUUAUCUUAUUUCAUAUUUAAAUAUCUCUUUAUAUUUGUAUUAACUUUUAAAAGGAAAAAAAAAAUCACAUUUUUGAAAGAAGCAGUUUUAUGUGCAGGACACGCGAAACUCAAUACAAUAAGAUUAUUAUUGAGACCAGGAGCACAAGGCGGCUCUGAAGAGGAUAAGACAAAAAUAAAGAUAAGAAUACUUGUGGAUAGAAAUAUAGAAGGGAAAUAACACCUAUGUGCUUUGGGUUUGGAGGCUAUAUAAGUGCUGCAGAUUGGAAAGUGCAUUCCCAUAAAGAAGCUACUCUAGCAUUGUGAGAGGUAAGAUAUCAGAGGCCAGUGAUUCUUAACCAGGGUGCCACAAGAUCCUUUUAAGAGUGCCACACAGUAUUAGCAGUCUUACGUGUACAAACACCUACACAUGAUUCACAAGGUAAACCCAGAGAUUUCAAGUAGGAAUCCAUAUUGUCAAAAGCAGCUCUGAGGUGCUGCUGUUUUUCUGAGCUUUGCAGCAGAAGAAUUGCUCUAUUUUUUUUUGUAGUCAGAACAUGAGUGCAAGCUAAGAACUGGCAUUUUUGAGUCGAAGGCCCGUUGCACUAGAUGAAUAGACUGCUUGCUUGGUUGGUUCUGACAGUUUCUGCACUCUCAAAUGCAGUGGCUUCUGGAUCAUUCUUGGGGAUAUGGAAGAGUGCUUGAUGAGGCUAUUAGGCAUCUCAAAGCCCAAUACUGAUCCUGCUUUUCUUUCCCUCUUUCCUCACAGUAACAUGGCACUGGCUUGGCCUCUACCAGAGGAUGAAAGCCAGAGUUAAAUGUAAAUGCAGAUUAAUAAUAAAUGGGAGGAGGAGAAAAUAAAAUACAGGAGUAAAAUUGACAGUAAGUAGAGUUCUGCAUUCUCUGUGUUGUAUCAGCCUGCAGCUUUUCUUUGGCAGUUGCCUGGAAAUAAACUGCCUGUUGCCACUAACAAGGUACAAGCAUGACAGACAGGAAUACUGAGCCUCAUGUAUUAAAGUAUUAACAUAAAUACUUUAUUUCCCUCCCUCCCCUUUCCCUUUCAUACAGGCUCUCAGAGCACUUGACAAAUAUGGGUAAACUAAGUUUCCAAGAAUCUGUGUGAGGUACAAUGCAAAUCAACAUCCUUAUUUGGCAGUGGAGAUUACAAAGGUACCAAGACUUUCAGACCUGCUUAAAAUUUUGAAUUUUGGGUGCCCGGCAUGAGACAAGUGUAGAAGAGUUAUCAUGGACACCUUCAAAAAUAAGAGUCCUUUUCCCAAGUCCUUCCAAAGGGUCAGGAACUGACCCCAGGAAUCCUAUUUUAUAGACUUUUCUGACAAGCAUGACACAGUGCUCUCUUAAGCAAAGCAGUGAAGUCCCUGAAUAGUUGGUGUCUUAUCCUCUUCUACUGCACAUGCCAGCAUGUAAAAGUUUAGCUCCUCACUGUAACUCUUGUGAGUGAUAAGAAGAGAGUCACUUUAGCAGGAGCUUUGACUUUACCUGAUGCAGUAGCUGUUGCAGCCUUUCCCCUCAGCAAAGAGAACUCAUCUGUCUAACUUGAGUUCCCUGGGGUCGUUGCUCCUUUCUAGUUGAUGAACUGAUGAUCUAAUUUAGAACAGCAAACCUAUGCGCUUACUCCCUGUGCAUAAUCGGUUUGCAGGGCCAGCUCAGUGAGGGAAUAUGCCUGAGUGAUUACAGCAUUAGGCUAGGAGUCAGGAAUUAAAGCCACUUCUCCUGCCUCCAUCUCUGACUUGCUCUGUGGCCUUGAGUAAAUCCUAUUUCCUUUUUCCCAACAUUUAAAACAGGAGCAGUUCUUCCCUAAUGUGAAGAUGAAUUAGGCUGAGCAGCAAGGAGCACAAACCUGUAUAAUAGGACAAGACAGUUGAGCCUGUCUGCUUCCUGGUUAACUCUUUCCUUCACCCUGUGGAUAUUUCUCUGGCUUCUUGGGGUGUGGCAAACCAGAUGCUAGACAUAGAUUGCCUUACUAUGCUUAUCCUCCUUCCUUCCAUGCUGAGAGCGCCACUUACAUGCCCAUUAUUAGACUUUAGCAUGAACAGCCCAUUGAAAUAAGAAUUGCUUUUGCCCCUCAUACCUAUUUUGUUAGGCCACCUGCAGCUGAGGAUACCAUCAGCACCUUCAUGUGGAUAUGAAAGGUUUCCUUUACUAACUUAAAAGCUAGAGUUUGGUUUAUUCAAUUUUAAAUGAAGGCUCAGAAUGUAGAGUGCAAAAUGGCAGCUACUAUAGGAAAAAGCAUCAGCUUGGACAACAGCUGUGAGCUGACCCAAGGUAAUCAUUCCUUGCAACUUUUUUUGAGUGUCCUGCACCAGCCCAUUGCCUGCUGAAUGCAGCAUAACUUUGCUGAACCUCACAGCUGGAAGGGCCAGGCAAACAUUGCUCAGGGACCCACCUUUAUGAGGGCUGAUGCUGCCUGUGCCUGGAAUAGGUCCCAGGCCUCUGGGAGCUAACCACUCCUCAAGAAGUUCUACAGCUUAUUCCUAGAGCAGUGGUGUCAAACUUGCCCUAGCCCCAGGCCUGGCUCUAGGGGCAUUUAUAGUCAUGCUCUGGGAGGCGGCAGGGAGGGGAAGGUGCUUUAAUUAGCACAGCUCCAAGAGCCACGCUAAUUAAAAAUGCCUGGAGCAUCACAUGUAUUAGUGUCCCCACGCUGAAAAACGGUAGCAGGGUGCUUUGAACUAAAUCUCACCGAAAAAGCUUUAGUUUAAAGCAUCCUGCUGCCAUGUUCAGCACAGGGACGCUGAUACAACGUGACACUGGAGUCGUAUGGAGCAUAGUAUUUACCACGUUCCAGCAGACUCGAUUAAUCUGCUCAGAUGCACUGUAAUUACAGUGCAUUGAAGCAGCCUUGUAAUUAAUUACAGUAUGCUGAAGAAGCCUCUAGGAGCUGUGGAGGAGCCCUAGAUGCAGUGGGGUAAGUGGAAUCUGUUGUAGGGAUUAAUGUAGCCAUUGCUCACCCCUGGCCACUGACGUGUCCAUAACGGGGACUCUGUGCCCUAGAUUUUGGUGGUGGGCCCUGUUCCUGCAUGCUCUAUUCUUGAAUGUACAGCCACUCUGGGAGCCCUGCAGGCCAGAUAACAGAGUUCUAAGGGCCAGAUCUUGUCCAUAAGCCAUAUGUUUGACACCUCUGCUCCAAAGGGUUUAAGAACCCAACACUGGUGCUCUGUUUAGGUGGUUCAGUCAAGAGCAUGUGGUCAGGUCAUAUUAGCUGCAUGGUGAGGGGCUCUCUGUCUGAAUGGUGAAAACGAUUAAAAUGAUUAGAAGGAUGUGUGUUUGUGUGGUUAGCGGCUCUGGCGUAGGUUGAUGGUUAACUGAAAAAACAGCAUAUUCUCAGAAUGGCAGCCUUUACAGGGUCAUCUGUUAAUCGUUUUAGGCAUUCUAAACUAAUUAAAAUAGAUCCUUUUAGAAAUCUCACACCCAGUGUCAGGCUUUUCCUCUUGCCCCUUAUAACCCGAUGCAGAAUACCCCAGACUCGUUCAGCUUCUCCAACGUGAUUAAGUAUCUCAGUGUUUGUGGGCCCAUGUUAACUCAAUUCCAGCAUAGCUUUUGUUUGGAAAUCUAAACAGAAUUUGCAGCAGUCCUCUAGAAUGAAGUAUGUUACCAGGAGAUUACCAUCAUCAAUGUCUUCAGAAAAUCCUUUAUACAACCGGAAGGGCAGAAGAGUGAAUGUCAGCCUUCUUGCUCAAGCAAAUGCCACCAACAUUAAAGACAUGUUUAUAUGGCACUGGCUUCAUUGAAAAGGACAUGUCAUAAGGAUGCCUGACAACCAGCUCCCAAAACAGGUCUUGCACUGCCAGCUCACUGAUGGUCACCGCUCUAGAGGUGAGCAGAAGAAAAAUGCAAGCACACCUUGAAGGCCAGUGUGAAUAAAUUCAGUAUUAACAUUAGUACCUGGGAGACUCAAACAUUGAGUUGUCUGCAAUGAUGCUGUGAUGUAUGAUGAGGCUUUGAUCAUUUCAUGCAAACUUGUCUCAUUAUGGAGGUAGAUAGACAAGAGAAAUAAAGGAAAAGAUCUGUGACUCAACAUCACCAGGAUCUACUCCUUCCUGGAACUGUGCGCCAUAUCUACAUUCAAACUUGUGGAUCUGGGAUUAGUUACCUAAAUAUGGACUCACUGGGCAUCUACACAUGCGGAUUUACUGCGCAGUAACCAAAAUUACUGUGCAGUAUGGGCAUGCGUCUACAGGUGCAUGCCCGUACCGUGCAGUAAAUAUGGUGAUUUAUGCCCAAUUGGUUACUGCGCAGUAACACACAUGUAGAUGCUUUACUGUGCAGUAACCCAGGGGGGCUCCCUGCUGGGUCUGUCCAGCCACUAGGUGGCCGGCCUGAGCCCAGCCCCAGGGCUCCUGGCUGGCCGCCUCUCCUGGCUUCAACUUGGGACUAAAGUUAGUGCCAAGGGCUGACAGCCAUGUGGCUAGAUGCUGGAGCUCCCCCCGGUGGCCGCAGGGGUACAUGGCAGGCUGCUCUGACCCAGGACUAAAUUAAGUCCCGGGUCAUCUACAUGUGUAGACACUGACCUUUUCCUACUUACACAGUAAAUUUAGGCCAGUGUAAAUGCAUGUGUAGACAAGCCCACCAAUGACUCCCCUAUUUACUGGAAGACUGCCAUUCUCAUAUCAAGGGACUGCCAACAACUAUCCCCCCAAAAAGGCCUUGGCUGUGGUCACUGAAAGCUUUGUUUUGACUUGUUUCUGACUCUGCUGUUGAGGUAGCUUGGGCCUGGUUAGGACUAGUCUGGAGUAGCUAGCAUUUGUACCUUUCAGCACUGAGGCUUUACUAGGGGGCACAAGUAUAGCCUCAGCCUGGAAAAACAUCUCAGAGGUAAAUUCACAUCCAGAAGGGAUAGAACACAGUGGAUUCAUUACAUGUCUGCUUUUCAGUGUACCUUGCUACUGAUGUGAAUACUCGACUUCAAUUUCACUGUGUCUGGAAUACUAGUAACAGAUUCUCCAGCAUGGAGUGCAAAAGAGAAUACAAGCAACGUGGGUGCAGCAGAGAGGAUAAAUUAGACAAACCAUAGGAGCCAUUGUUCUCAGCCAUCCUCCAGGUAUCCAGUGCCUGAAGUGCCCCUUUGAUCCAAUUCUUCUGGCCCUUCCUAAAUUGCAGGUUUCCACAGGGAUGCUUCCUAGUUAGGCCACAAGGACUAAAGUCUUAGAUAACCUCUGAGGUGGGCCAACACUUCAGCACCCUUGAUUUGUGGAGCAACCCCUGCUUAUGGGAUGCCACUUCAGACCCUCAGAGUUGGGGGAUGUGGGUAUAGACAGUGAGGGGAGAAGCAUGGGACAAAAGGGGGAGGGAAAGAGAUCUGUAGAGAUGACAUUGGAGGUAGAGGGCAAAAAAAAUGGUAUGAAAGGGAGAGCUGAACAAAAGAAUUGAGCUGUAAAUGGUGAGAGGAAAAUGGGUUUAGAGGAACAGCAGGAGGGAGGGAUGGGGGAAAGACAUUCAAGGGAGAAGGUGAGCAGGAAGGGGAAAGAGGGCGUGCAAGGGGCUGUGGCAGGAGAAUGGGGGUGCAAUAUUAGCAAUUCAGGAGUGGGGCCUGCCUGUGAUCCCAGCUCCAGGACCCCUGUCUGUAUUGGGUCCAGCUCAGUCUGUCCUCUCAUCCUCACCCACCUGCAAGCCAUGAGAACUGGACUUGAACGAUCUAUUUCUGUCCACUGUUAAAGUGAUUCACUGUUUGACCUAAAAAACUACUUCACCGCCCAGCAGCCUUGCUGUUCUCAUCUGAGCAGUGAAUAAUGCUUAUCCAGGGGUGUAGUUAUGAUUAAUCAGUUUAUCCAUGUACAAUGCUUUGGAUACAUUGGGCAUUAAAUAGAUGGUAUUGUUAUUGUUCUUAUUAUUAAACUUAAUGAAAUGAGGCUUGAGGGCUUGCCAAAAUUAGGAUGUUUCCAUUAUAUCAACUUAGUCUGAAGCACCCAAAUAGCCUUAACUCUGUCCUUUUAGAGACUCUUCAAACUUCAGUAUAGUUCCAAUACAAUCUUAUGCGUAGGUACAAGUGUUUGCAUGUGUGAGAGAGAGAAGAUUAACACUCACUUCUUUGUAGCUCCUUAUUCUUGAAAGAUUUUUUCUUCAAAAGAACCCUUAGCUCUGUCCUGCAGUGACUCUAUGAAAAUCCACACAGUUGUGAUAAAAGGCAUUUUGAUGUUUGUGGGUCUAGAUGAGAACAAAUUGGCUUUCAAAGACAUGUUAUGUGUUUUAAUUUUUCUCCCUUCAUAGUGUAAAGAAAGGGCAGAGUUGGGGUUGUUUCAAUGCCCUGAGGGUGUAUUUCCACACAGGAUCAUGUUUGGAUUUGUUUAAAUUCAAUUUUAACUCUGAAUUUCCUUGGCAUUUGAGCUAAUUGCAGCAUCCUGGCUAUUUGGUUUACCUUGGCUAUUGACAUGAACUCUUAACUUCAUUUUAACAGUGUGGAUUUGGAAUAAAUAGGAACAGGUUCUCUAGGAGAGAGUGCAGAAGGGGGUAGUGUGGGCACAGCAAAGAGCAUAAAUUGGACAAGCCUUAGGACCCACUGUUCUUGCCCUUCUUGCCCUUCCAACUCUCAUUCAGUGCUUGCUGUGCCAUUUGAUCCAGUUCUCCCCUUCUGAAAUCGUGCCACCCAACCCAUUCUAGCUGCUCUUUCCUUCAUCAAGGUUUCUCUACUGGCAAACUGCAGGCUGAGCAGAAAUGGGACUCAUCCAUGACCCUCUCUGUAAUGUGCUUCCCAGCUGAAGUCUUCAUCCUGUGGCACUGCCAUCUGCCAUGGCACAAGGUAUUCCAGCAACUGAGUGUUGGCUUAGAGAGCAAAGGCAUGAAACCCUAGUCCCUCCCCUCUCAGUGCUACUCCAUGGUCCAAGUUCAGCAUGGGGAUGGAGAACAUCUUCCUUCCUACCUGUCCUUUCUAAUCAUAGGUGCAACCGCUAUGCAUAGAGCAGGACUCAGACUCACCUGUGCCGUGAUGCUUACAAAAUGGCUCAGCAAGUGACACACUGUCUGUUUUCCCUCCUUUUCCCACUCCUUCACACACACAAGCUACCUUAUCCCUGCCACACUUCAUCUUAUAUCUACCCAAGGUUUUUGUGGAAUCUUCCUUGGAGGUUUUCAAGAAAGGUCUGCACAAUCGUUUGUUUGAAAUGGUUUAGGACACUAGUGCUCAACCUCUUCUGCUUCUGCAGGCCAGAUGAGUAGCACAGGGCCAGUCUUCAGGCCAGAUCCUGUGGGUGGGGUCAUUCUGUGGGCCAGAUCUAGCAUCGAGUUAGUGCGUGGGGUUAGUCUGUGGGAGUGAUCCAGUCCAGCCCUAUGUGCCAGAUCUGGCCACAAAGAUGUCUGGUAUGAUCUGAUGUGCAGGACCAUGGCAGCCACCCUGCAGUGCUCCCUGCAGGUCCAGACAUUUGAUGGCGGGGGUGCAGUGGCAGUGUUAAUUGCUGUGUCUCUGGAAGCUACACCAAUUAAUGCUGCCACUGCCCCCCCACCACCAAAUUUCCAAACACAUAGGGAGCUCCAGAGGCCAGGUUAAGCCAAUAGGCUGGAGGCUGCAAUGCUCACCACUGGUUUAGGAAUAGUAUUCCUAGAUUUGUGCAGGGGUUUGGACUAGAUCAAUGGAGGCCAGUCUUUUUGGCUGGCAUGCUACAAAUUAGUGUCAUAACCUCCUGAAGUGCCACUCCAAUCCUCUUCCCUUGCCCAGUCUACUGCUCUGCUUUCUGCUUCCAGCCCCGAUAAGCUGUUCUUCUUUCUGCGCUAUCUGUCACUGCAUUCCCUGUCCCCUCCCUGAUCUGCCACAUACCCAAGCCACCUAUGUGCCGCAAGUUGGCCACCCCUAUAGUAGAUGACCCUUGAGGUCCCUUCCAUUGUUAUGGUUCUUGUAAUCAGCCUUGAAAAUGGUUUAGAAGCCUAUGAGACUAACAAAGCUGUGUCAUGUACAGCCUUAUGUUGCAGUACCAGUCCUUCAUCUAUUUGCAUCUUUUAAACCAGCAUUUCUCAACCUGUGGGUUGCGACCCCCAAAGUGGAUUGCAAGAAUAUUUCAAAGGGUCGCAAGCAAGUGAAAAAUGAGCAAAAGCACAGGUGUCUCCUUGCAGGCUGGCAGCGUUCUAGCCCACAAGGGGCUCCUUGGGGCAUGGCCAGCUUGCAGCCAGGCAGGGUCAUGGGAGCAGCACCAGCAGCCGAAUGAAGGUAAGUAUAUGGGGAG